CCCUUUUUCUUUUUCUUUUCUUUCUCUCUGAGCAUCCAAACAGAGAAUUAGGGUUCGAUCACGUUCCAUUCAUCAAUGUCGCGUUUGGCGAAAUUGUUUGGGAGAUCGAAAUUGAUUGUUUGUUGAAUGCCCCUCUGGUAUGCCUUCCUUGUUUGGCUGCUAAAAUUCAAACCUUUCAGUGUGAGUUAGGCAUAAAAUUUAUCUUGAAAUCUUGAGGAGGAGAAUGUACCAUGGAACUGAUUUCUCGUGAAAGGAAGGAGUUGGGUCAAUGUUGUAUAACGAUUUUAAGCUGAAUUUUGUGUAUUUUGUUUGGCUUUUGUAGCGGCAAAAUUAAGCAUUAUUACCUUUGUUACAGGUAUAGAAAACGUAGCAAAAUAUAUUUUGAAAUAUGAUAGUGUUUGCUAGCAAAAAGAUCAUGUGCCAGAGUAAGGGUAGAUUUCAAGGUGGUGUGCACUGUAGUAAUCCUGAUAUAUCUGCCACUGUUCCUUUGACUUUUAUUUAUUAUUUUGUUGUUGUAGACAUGUACUAUCAAUGUAAAAGUUUUUACACCGUCAAGUCUCAACCAAUAAAGAAUCAUUGCUGGUAACUUGGUAUGACCAAGUUAAUAUAAUGGGAGAUGAUUCUUCCCCUAGUUUGGAAAAAUUGAGGGCUAACUGGACUCCAUCUCAAGACCGAUAUUUUCUAGAACUUUUGCUGUCCCAUGUUCACAAAGGGAAUAAAACUGGGAAAGUGUUUAGCAGACAAGCCUGGGUAGACAUGAUUAAACAAUUUAACACCAAGUUUGGUUUCAAGUAUGAUGUAGAAGUGUUGAAGAACCGUCACAAAAGAUUCAGGAAGCAAUACAAUGAUAUGAAAAUGAUAGUUGGUCAAAAGGGAUUUCAGUGGGAUGGGACACAAAACAUGAUAGUAGCUGAUGAUAAAGCAUGGGAUGAAUGUAUAAAGGCCCAUCCUGAUGCUCAACCUUUCAAAAAAAGAGUCAUUCCGUAUUAUGAUGAUUUGUGCAUAAUUUAUGGCCAUGCAGUUGCUGAUGGGAGAUACAGCCUUUCGUGUUUUGAUGUAGAUUUUGAAUACGAAGAAAAAGAUUUGGAUGACAAGACUAUGACUAGUAAAGGAGUGGAUGAUCAAACUCCCCCAGCAGUUGUUAAUCAAGGUAGAAUUGACUGGUCUCCAAUGAUGGACCAAUUUUUUGUUGAACUUAUGGUGGACCAGGUGUGUAAAGGGAACAAGAUUGGCACUACAUUCAGGAGGAAAGCAUGGGUAGACAUGACAGAAUCAUUUAACAAACGAUUUUUAUGUCAUUAUGGUAGAAUUGUCUUGAGAAACCGUUUUAAUGUCCUGAGAAGGCAUUACUGUUCUAUAAAUGUUCUCCUUGGCAAAGAAGGCUUUAUUUGGGAUAAGACACAGCACAAGGUUGUGGCUGAUGAACAAGUAUGGCGAAAAUGCAUCAGGGUACAUCACAACUUCCGGCUCUAUAAAAUUAAAAGCAUGCCUUUUUAUUCCGGCAUGUGCAUAGUAUGUCGUAAUGAUGUUACUGCAGGUUGCAAGUCAAAUCUUGAAAAUGAAUCUUCUGGGGGCAAUAACUCUGUCCCAGAUACUCAGCUACCUAAUGCAGAUAAAGGAGCAUCAAAUCUUGAAAAGGAAUCUUCUUGGGGCAAUAACUUUGUCCCAGAUACUCAUCCACUACCUAAUGCAGAUAAAGGAGCAUCAGAUAUAGGUGGUGAAAAUAAUUUUACCAGAGAAACUCAGCCUCUGCCUAAUGCAGAUAAAGAAGUGUUGCAUAUUGGUGGUGAGGAGAACUCUGCAAGAGAAACUCAGUCUCUUGCUAUUGCAGAUAAUCAAGCAUUACAACAUGUUGGAAAAAAUGUUCCUGGUCACCUAAAAAGGCAUCAACCUAAGAUGCCCCCAACCUUGAAUGAGUCUAAGAAGGCAAGAGAGCAUAUAGCUGUUGCAGUAACAUCACUAACCCAGAAAGCAAAGAAAGAAGAUAAUUUUUCUGUAGAUAAUGUUAUCAGGGUGCUUCAGGCUAUACCAGACCUGGAUGAUGAUUUAAUAUUAGAUGCCUGUGAUUUUUUGGAAGAUGAGACAAGAGGGAGGAUGUUUCUGGCACUGGCUGCUCCUUUGAGAAAGAAAUGGUUAUUGAGAAAGCUUCGUUCGCAGUGAUUGGUGAACCUCAGGCUGGUUCAUUUAUAGUCAGACUUUUCAAGUUUUGUUAGACUGCAUGCAAACCAAGCCAUAACUUUAUGUGUUCACAUGUACAUAUUUGAAACUAGAAGAAUUAUUUUUUGUUUAUCUUUGUCAACAUUUAUAUGACAAGAGAUUAAAGUCGAAAGCUAACUUCUGUCUGUUAAAAUAAUGUUUAAAUAUAUUUUUAGUCCCUCAAA